AUCCUCGACUCUAUGGAUUUUCAUGCUGGUGAGUACCAGAUGAGUAUCGAGCCCAUCAUGGUACCAAGCAACUCAUUCAGUGUGAUUCGAGAACUGAAAAACGAAGAACCAUCAUCGUAUCAGACCUUAUUCUGUGCCUAAUCUUCAUCGAAAAACCGUCGAAGACAUGUCAACCAACGAUGGUUCCCAAGGUGUCUCAAAUUGCUAUGUAUUCAAGAGUCAGUUACAGGAGUAUGCUCAGAAAGUAGGACUUUCAACACCUGUCUAUGAUACUAUUAAGGAAGGCCCUUCACACGAGCCUUCCUUUAGGUCAACUGUGAUUGUAAACGAUGUUAGAUAUGAUUCUCUGCCUGGAUUUUUCAAUCGUAAGGCAGCGGAACAGUCAGCUGCUGAAGUUGCUCUUCUGGAGUUAGCUAACUCUGGCAACAUGAGUGAAUCCAUUUCUCAGCCAGUGCAGGAAACAGGCUUAUGCAAAAAUUUACUUCAAGAAUAUGCACAGAAGAUGAAUUAUGCAAUUCCAUCAUACACGUGUCGGAAGGAAGAAAAACCAGGCAAGGUGCCUCUUUUUUCUUGUACCGUGGAGAUUGGGGGUUUGAAGUACAUCGGAGCUGCUGCAAGAACAAAGAAAGAAGCAGAGAUCAAAGCUGCUAGAACUGCUCUAUUAGCUAUCCAGUCUAGUGCGUCUACAUCAGAUGAGAAAGAUGCUGGCAACACUCGCUACACAGUUAUUCCAUGCAAAAAGAAAUCAGCGGAUGUGAGUAUUAAUCAGGAAACUGCAGCAGCUCUCAAACCAAAGAAAGGUCGUUUCAAAAGGAAACCCAAUAAGAAGAGACAUGCUGUAGCAGAAGUGGAUCAGAUUGGGACAUCAGGGGGCCAAGCAGCAGUUUCUGGACUUCUGGCCACGAUAGAGAUGAUGAAUUCCCAAGAUGAGACAUCAAACUUUGAUGGAAAGGAGAGAGAAGUAUCCACUUCGGAAGGGACUUUGUUUUCUAAUGAUAAUGGUGAUUCAAAAAUCGAGCAAUCAAGAGCUUUGAAUUCUGAACAAACUGAGCUGCAUACUUCCAAUAUAGGAAUCGCCUCAAUGUUCUCUGGGGAUGAUUUAAAUGCUUUGGUCAGGGAGGUGAACAAGGUUGCUGCAGUUGAGCAGGUGCCUUCAAUGGUAAAUAAUUUUACCACAUGCCAGGGAGAAGUACCAAGUUCCAUGGAUGGCUUGAAGCAAAUGGCGUGCAGCGGAAAUGCAGGCUCGAAUCAAGGCCACGGGGCUUAGUUGGUGACUGAUUUUGUCAGAUUGAUUUUCACUUCGGGAGUCGUGCGCACGCUAGGGAUGAGGAAAUGAGAUGAUUUCUGCAUUUUAAGUUAACUAUUUGAUUAGGGUGUUUUGGGCCAUUAUUUAUAGUUAAUUUAUGCUAUUAGAAAACCACGUCUGCUCUUUUGUCUGUUGCAUCAGCUUGUGCUUCCAUAUAUUGAGAAUGUUGGAGCAUGGGUUAUACAAAAUACAAUUGUUAUGAGGUUCAUAUUGUUAAAUUGUACUCGUAAUUCAGAUUGGUUGUGGAUAAACUCUCAUUUUGCUGCAUUUCUUUAAGUCUAUUAGGUUCUUAAUUCUUUUCAGGAGCAUUUUUUAGUUUUGUGAUACUAUGUGCCUUUUAGGGUUUUGAUUCAAUUGAGGGUUUAUUCAAGUGUCUAGUUAGGUAAAUGGAGUACUUGAUUAUAAACUUUGAUGAGAUAUUUAUUUUGUGAAAACUUAUAUGCAUUGUCUUUUUAUUAUUA